AUGGGCUCGAUAGCGUCCAAGAGCACCGAAGGCCCCAAUGAUGAUGUCAUCGAACAAAUUGUGUGUAAUGAAAAUGACAUUCCUGAUAAUGGAAUGCAAGAGUUUGAGAUUGGAAACAAUGGAAACAAAGUUUUGGUCGUAAAACAAAACAAUGAAUUUUUUGCUGUCGGAUCGAAAUGUUCACAUUAUGGCGCACCUUUAGUUAAAGGGGCUCUAGGAAAUGGUACAGUAAGAUGUCCUUGGCAUGGUGCUUGUUUCAACUUGAAAAGCGGUGACAUUGAGGAUUUCCCUGGCUUUGAUAAUAUUCCAAGUUUUAAAGUUUCUGUAACCAAUGGUAAUGUAAAAGUAUCAGCCAACAAGUGUGCACUGGAAAACGCUAAAUUUGUGAAGCCAUUAACUAAACGCAAUCCAGAAAACAAGCGUACAUUCAUUGUCAUUGGAAGUGGACCCGCUGGUGCAGAAUGUGUAGAGAAAUUAAGACAAGAAGGAUAUGAUGGUCGAUUGAUAUUGAUCUCAAAAGAUGGUUUUUUACCGUAUGACCGAACGAAACUGAGCAAAGCCUUAGGUUCUGAUGUGAAUGGCAUAUUGUUACGUUCUCUACCCUUUUAUGAAUCUGGAGACAUUGAACUUCUAACUAAGACUAGUGUAGAAUCAAUUGACACAAGUACAAAAGUUUUAUAUUUAUCAAACAAUGAACAAUUAACAUUUGACGCUUUGUUUAUCGCCAGUGGAAUGACACCUCGUUCUACACCUGAAGUUUCCAAGUAUGACAAUGUUUUUACAUUACGCACAAUCGAAGACGCACAUAAAAUCCAUCAAAGUUUAUCAUCUGAUUGCCAUUUAGUCGUUGUUGGAUCAUCAUUUAUUGGUAUGGAAUUAGCUGCAGCAACUUUUUCUAAAGUAAAAUCUGUGCACGUGAUUGGCCGUAGUGAAGUACCUUUCAAAGAAAGUUUAGGAAAAGAAAUAGGCGAACGAGUCCAGGAAUUAUUUGAAUCCAAAGGCGUAGUGUUUCACAUGAAAACAAGUGUUAAAAAUUACAUUGGUUAUAAUAAUCGACUAUCUGAAAUAGAAUUGUCUGAUGGUCAAAAGUUAAAGGCAGAUGUUUGCAUCAUGGCCACUGGGUCAAAAACUAAUGUUGAAUUUUUGGCUGGUUCUAACAUUGCGAUUAACCCGUCCAAUGGUACAAUUGAAGUUGACAAGUAUUUGGAAACCAAUGUGAAAGGAAUCUUUGCUGGUGGAGAUGUUGCCAAUGCUCCUGUUUACCCCUCUAACAUUAAAUCAUCCUUAGGUCAUUGGCAGUUGGCUACUUACCAUGGAAAAAUUGCUGCCUUACAAAUGCUUGGCAAAAAAACUCCUAUUAAGUCUGUUCCCUUUUUCUGGACAGCAUUAUUUGGCACUAGCAUAAGAUUUGCUGGAUUCAACCAUGGUUACACUGAUGUUCUAAUUAAUGGCGAUCUUGAAAACUUCAAAGCUGUUGUAUAUUAUUGCAAAGGAAAUGAAGUAGUGGCAGUAGCAACGGUUGGAAGUGAUCCAAUCGCUGCACAGUUUGCUGAAUUAUUGGGAAGUGGUAGGACAUUGAACAAAGAACAAGCAAUUGACAAUAAAUGGUUGACUGAGGAAGAAGAUACAGUUGUGUGCACCAGGCUAUGA